UGAACACACCCUGGGGGAGCGGCAGAGCUGGGUGUUGGCAGCGUGGGCAGCGGAUCAGAACCAGAACCCUCUGCAGCAGAUAUAAUGGCUACAGCGAGCACUUCGGGGCAGAGCAGCUUCGGGCUUGGAAAGAAGAAGAAGAGUCCCGGUCUGAUGGAUCAGCUAAGCAAAUUGUUUGGAGGAGAGAAGAAGAAGAGGAGCAAGGGGUCGUUCCGGGGUCACCUGGCCGCCUCGCCCCAGCAGCCCUCGGCUCGCCGUCGGACCAAUGAAAACCCCGUGGUGCAUUUCUUCAGGAGCCUCGUUUCCUCUCCUCCUCCUAAAUCCACGUGGAGAGAAGUCUUGGGUUUGGCCUCUGCGUCGCGAACUGAGAGCACGAAGUCGCCGGUCAGGAGACGCAGAGAACAGAGCACGCUGUCCAGGAUCUUCAACCUGUGACGCUCUCCUCCGAGAUCAGGAGAAACCAAGUCCCGUCCACCCCCAAAACGCUGGAGCACCAUCUUCUAAGCUCUCCGCCGACCUCCACCGCUCAGAGCCGACGGGACCAGAACACCAGGAGGGAGAGGCGGAUCUGCAGGAGUCAGACCCACAACCUCAACAAAUGUUAACCGACUAACGCAACGCUUCUCCAGACUGAGACGCGCCUUUUUGUCAAACCUGGAGAAAAGUAAAGUUUGACUUAGUGGCUUCUAAAGAAUGUUUGAAUGUCUGUCCUGCUGUUCGUCGUGUUUCCUGCCUGAGUGGCGUGUCGUUGCUGUCGCUGAGUUUUAGUUUUAAUCAGAACUUUAUUUCUGCAAACUCCAGUUUAAAUAUCAAAUAUAUCUGUUCCGGUCAGAGCUUCGUGUUUCAGGUACUGUAAGACGCUAAAUGUUACACGGCCCUUUUCACUGCACUGUGACUAACUCUUAAUCUCAUGAUAUGUGUGCAUCCUAAUGGAGGUUUUCAGAGGACGAUGCAGAUGUGUGUCGUCUGAGCCGAUGGUUAAACCGAAAGUGAAUCAGAGCUUUUAGACGGAGUGAGGAGAUCAGAGCUGAAGGGCAGCAUGUUGGGUUCAAGUGUUAUGCUAAAUAAUUUCUCAUUUGUUUUCAUAAGUUUGUUCUAACAGGAAACAGAAACACUGUAAAUAUCUCUUUAUCCUCCCUGAUGUUCAUGUGAAUCAGCUGUGCAUCGUAACAGAAACUCGUUGAGUCUCGUCUUUAAUAAACGGUCAGUAAAUGUGGCUUCACUCCAACCAGCCUGUUUGUUGCAUAAAUAAUUUUUCACCCUGCUGAUCAAUUAUCCUUAAAUUAUGUGAAAAGCGUUAAUUAGAUUAUGUCACAAAGACAUAUGGAGGAAAGGCAGAGAGCAACACCUGCAGAGAGAAACCAGGAAACUAAAGCAUAAAAACAGAGAAAUCUAAUCCAGAUUACAAACAGGAACUCAGGGUGUUUUCUGGAUUAUAGAUCAUAUCAGGACCUUUCAUGGGAUUACACCAACCUCCUAAACACCCAUGUUCUGAUUAGGUUCAUGUGUUAAACCCACAUUUCUGUAUUAAAUGAUUUUUAUUGGUCUGAUGUGAUGUUCUAAUCUUAAAUGUCAUGUUUUCAUUCUCUAUAAGCAGAAAAUCAUCGAUAUUAACAAAAAUAAAGGGGUAAAAACAUCA